AUGCACACAUAUACCUUGAAGAAUUUUCAAACGGCAUUCAACCUGGACUUGGAGGUCAACUUGAGUGUCAAGCUACCCAUUCAGUACUCAGACCGUCUCAACCAUAUGGGAUUGGAUAUACAACAACAUCUCAUGAAGAGGGUAUUAGAAUAUCCGUUCGCGCAUCCGACCCAUCGAGGCGAUCUUUCCCUUAUUGCAGAAGAUUCCAAACAACCCUGA